ACUUCUACUUUAACUAGUGGGCGGAGUGGCCUCCUGUGGACGAAUCAGAUUCCUCCUCAGCCCCAACUUCAAGAGGUGAGCCACUGUUCAGGGUCCCAGACACCCAGGAGACAGCAGCGGCAGCAGCAGCAGCGGCGGCAGGAGGAGGAGGUGUGGGAAAGACUAGAAGCCGGAACCAUGGAAGACCAGCGUGACCUUAUCUCCAACCAUGAGCAGCUGCCCAUGCUGGGCCAGCGCCCGGGAGCCCCGGAGAGCAAAUGCAGCCGAGGAGCCCUCUACACAGGCUUUUCUGUCCUGGUGGCUCUGCUCCUGGCUGGCCAGGCCACCACUGCCUACUUCCUGUACCAGCAGCAGGGCCGGCUGGACAAGCUGACGGUCACCGCACAGAACCUGCAGCUGGAGAACAUGCGCAUGAAGCUCCCCAAGGCUACCAAGCCCCUGAACAAGAUGCGGGUAGCCUCCCCCAUGCUGAUGCAGGUGAUGCCCAUGCGAGGCCUGCUCCAGGGGCCCAUGCAGAAUGCCACCAGGUAUGGCAACAUGACACAGGACCACGUGAUGCACCUGCUCCUGGAGGCCGACCCUCUGAAGGUGUACCCACAGCUGAAGGAGAGCUUCCCAGAGAACCUGAAACACCUUAAGACCACCAUGGGAACCCUGGAUUGGAAGGUCUUUGAGAGCUGGAUGUACCAUUGGCUCUUGUUUGAAAUGAGCAAGGGCCCGCUGGAGAAGAACCACGCUGAUGCUCCGAAAGUACUGACGAAAUGCCAGGAAGAGGUCAGCCGCAUUCCCGCCGUCCACCCUGGCAUGUUCAGGCCCCAGUGCGACGAGAACGGCAACUAUAAGCCGCUCCAGUGCUAUGGGAGCACCGGCUACUGCUGGUGCGUCUUCCCCAACGGCACCGAGGUCCCCUACACCAGGAGCCGUGGGCACCGUAACUGCAAGCCACUGGACACUGAAGACCUGUCAUCUGGGCUGGGGAUGACCAAGCCGGACCUGGGCCCAGUGGCCGUGUGAACAGCAGACGCCGGCACGCAGCCAGCCCCGCAUGCCCACUGACUCCUUGUCCUACUCUCCAUCGGCCCUAGCCCGCCUUUUCCCUUACACCUCACUCCCCCGCCCCCACCUCCCGCUCUGCGCCUCCCUCCACGACGCCCUGGCACCUGGCUCACCACCGUCCCUGGCCACGCGGGGGAAUGCGAGGCCCCAGGAGGUGGACCGAGAGCCAGGCUGACCCCCAUCUCAGCCUCCAACACGGAGCCCCAAGAUCCAGGCCCGUGGACGAAGUGGAAAGGUACAGGGAGGUAGCACGCUGCUCCCCCACACCCUUCUCUUCCGGCCUUGGCUUUGUAGCCUGUUUAGGGGGGACGGGCCCCUCUAGCAACACUCACCCAGGAAGAACCAGCCCCUCCAACAGCCCCACCCCACUUUCUGCCCACCCCCCAGUUCCCUCUGUGCAGCCAAGCUUAUCCUCAACCCCCAGGGCCGCAGCUCUGAGAAUAAAACGUAGUGAGUAGAACA